AUGCUGCCCGCUUGGUGUCUGCGUUCUGAGGCAACUGAACCCAAAAAUAUAUCAUUAUGCACGCCACGAUCGCCCGAAUCAACCACCAAAGAUGAUGCAGCCGCUCCCAUUAAAUCACCAGUGUCCCAGAUACUCACAACAAUCAUCCACUCAACGCCCAAACAGCGGCAACCCGUAGGCGAUAACGUUGUCGGCGAACUCGUCAGAGCAGUACUGGAGCUCCAGCUUUCUGUCGAGUUGGGCAAACUAUGUCGAGAACAACAACAACAACAACCGUCAAGUGAGUCUGAACACACCUACAACGACAGCCAGUUCCAAAGUCUGGAACGACGAGACUCUAUCUCUCAGUGGUCCUUUACAUCAAGUCUACCAAAAACGCCAUGCAGUCCAGACACAUGCACUCCACCGGUGCAGCCACCUGUUUUGAGGCUCAACGCGCUCCCCGUAAGAAGGGGCCUCUACAAGACAGAACUCUGCAAACGUUACCUUAUGAGCAGGAAUAAAACGUGCGAAUAUGGCCUACGUUGUAGGUUUGCGCAUGGCCUCCGGGAACUGCAUCUCACAGCGCGCCAUCCGCGCUACAAAACAGAGGUCUGUCGCGCAUUCUGUCUCAGCGGGUACUGUCGUUACGGUCGUAGAUGUGACUUUAUCCACGACGAAUCUCCAGAGCACUUGAGAGUUCUGCGGACUGAAAAUGCCCUCUAUCAGGAGUACUGUGCCAGGCAUCCUAACGCAACCGAUGUCACACUUGUGGAGGUACUACGUGAGUUCGAGCCCUAUUACCCGGAGCUGAAGCGAUUCCUGCAGUAUAUUGAAUCAGUUGGCUAA